AUGGCACCGUGUGAAGCGUUGUAUGGUAGGAGAUAUAAAACUUUGUUGUGUUGGUAUGAAUCAAGCGAGAGUGCUGUGCUCGGACCUGAGAUUGUGCAAGAGACGACUGAAAAGAUAAGGAUGAUCCGAGAGAGGAUGAAAACUUCUCAGAGUCUUCAGAAGAGUUAUCACGAUAAGAGAAGGAAAACAUUUGAGUUUCAGGUGGACGACCAUGUGUUUUUGAGAGUUAAUCCAUUGAGGAAAUACAUUUCGGAUCCUUUGCAUGUGGUUCAAAUAGAUGACAUACAGAUGAGAGAUAACUUGAGGAUUGAGGCGUCACCAGUGCGAAUAGAAGGACGAGAAGUGAAGCAAAUUGCGAGGUGA